CCGAAAAUAUACCCAUGGAAGAGUUUCUGGAAAAAAAGAAUCUACUCAGCUCAGGCGACCAUUCCCCACUCUCCACUCUCCCCUCUCCGCUCCCAAGACCCCGCGGACAACAUGGGCCGCCGCCGCCGCCAACCCUCCUCACCGUCGCCGGCGGCGGAGCAUCCGCUGUAAGACGACGACCUACUACGCGAGAUCCUCCUCCGCCUACCCCCACAGCCGCCCUACCUCCUGCGCGCCUCCCUCGUCGCCAAGCGCUGGCGACACAUCGCCAUCGACCCCAAGUUCCUCCGCCGCUUCCGCACCCACCACCGGAAGCCUCCCCUCCUCGGGGACUUCUCAUAUGAGGAAGGAAAACUCUCGUUCAGAUCCACCCUGGACCUGCCCUACCGCAUCCCUCCCGACCACUUCUCCCUACAAGUCAACAGCCGCAAGCCAUGGAGGUUGGUCGACUGCCGCCACGGACGCGUGCUCCUCAAGAACAAUGAGAGGCGUCAGGUCAUUGUGUGGGACCCCAUCACCGGCGACCGCUCCCUCUUGUCCGUACCGCGGGAGUUUGACGACAUGCACACCGCGGCGGUGCUCUGCUCUGCCGGCGAGCAGGGCCACGCGCAUGGUGCCUGCCACUCGAGCUCUUUUAAAGUGGUCGUGGUGGACUGCUACGAGCACGACUAUGAUGCCGUUGCCUUCGCAAGUGUUUACUCUUCAGAGACUGGCGUAUGGGGUGAUCUCCUCUCAACACCGCUUCCAUAUAGUGGUAUUACUGUUGUUAAUCCCAGUACACUUGUUGGUAACACCCUUCACUGGUUGCUUUCUGGGUAUAGCGGCAUACUUGAGUUUGAUUUCGAUAGACAGACGCUAGCUGUGAUCAAUAGGCCACCAGGCGCUCGUUACAAUGACAGGGUUCAGAUCGUCCAGGUAGAUGAUAAUGGUGUUGGCGUCUCUGCUUUGUCGUGCGCCCACUGCCAGUCUGCCUACUGCUCCCACCAACCCUGUUUACAUAUCUGCGAUAGGAAGGUCGAUUGCUAUGGUGUUGCCGUAUGGGUGUUGCGGAAAUCGAUUGAUCUGCAGAAGCUACUUGGGUUGGGGUUUAAGAUUGAGAUGAAGAGGUCACGUAUACUGCGUUAUGCUGAGGAUGUUCGUGCAUUAUUUUUAUGGCUGCACUCAUCUCUCUUCAUGAUUCAGCUUGAGUCAAUGCAGCCCAAGGAGCUUUUCAAAAGCGAUAAUGUGUACACCUAUUAUCCUUUCACAAGUUUCUACAAUGAAGGUAUCAGUGGUUUGAAGCAGUAGUUUACUGGUGUACUGCAGCAUCGAAUGCCGACUCUUGCGGAGUCACUAUGACCAUCUAUGGUAGUUGUCAGCUUGCUUAACUUGUAGUAGAAACUAUUUAGUGCUGGUGUGUUAUUUUCAGCUAUCCUAUAUGCAAUCGUCAAAUGAACUCUGAAAUGCCUAGUUCUAUUCGGCAGUUUUUAGUAUUUAUUUUUCCAAUC